CUGAAUCGCAUAAAAACUGACAUUUCUGUACUGAGGUUAACUUGUGAGGUUGGAGGCUCGUAUCUCUUCAUUUGAUCAUUUUACUUUCACUGUAUCAAUCGAGUAGUCGUCCAAAUUCAACAUGGGUGAUGUUGGUUGCUGUUCGAAAUUUGCCAUCGUGGUUUUAUUAGCUGCCUUAAUCAUGGAUGUAAUUUCCAUUGUGACCAAUUACUGGGAAAGUAACGAAGUUUGGCAUAAUGGUCUCUGGGAGGCCUGCACUACCCAAAUAAAAUCGACAGAAGUUUGUAACAAAAGCAUCCUUGAAGAAGUGAUCAAUGAUAAAUUUCAAGCUGUAAGAGGUCUAGUAUUAGCUGGGUGUGGACUCGGUGGUCUAGCCCUAUUAUUCUCCUUUUUAUUCAUGUGUAAAUUCACCACCAACGUCUUCAAAAUAUUGGUUCUUGUUACUUCAGCUCUCGCAGGUUUGGUGACAUUGGUUGGAUUCUGUCUGUACACUUCCAUUGAUAGAUAUAAGUAUGGUUAUUCCUUCGUUUUGAACGUCAUUGCAUCCGUGACGUAUUUCUUCGUGGCCAUUAUGAUCGGAUUGGACAAGAAAACUAACACAUCUUCUUACCAAGGACUCUGAGGUGGAAGCGAAACUCUGCAAACUAUCACCUCAAUUUCACUUUUAAAAGGAUAUUGUUAUCUCAUAUUUGCUUUUCCUGCUUGAAGAGCUGAUGGUCAGCUAUCUGUAGCAUUUGUCAGAAUCAAAAUGCGAUGUAAGAUUCUCCUGCAAAAUACGGAAACCUUGGUAGGGAAGUUCACAUUUCAAGGACAUAAUACAUGAAGUGAUGUCACAACAACCAGCAUCAUGCAGGGCUGGGUAAAAUGAUAUAAUCGAUUAUAUGUUAGAAUUACAUUUUUUGUAAAUUCCCAUUUAACAAUUUUAUUGAAUUGAACCAAUUGUCAGAUUUUGAUCAUAAAAAGAGAUACAGAUGGCUGAUAUUGAGCUCUAACAGCUGGUGAAGCAAAGAUGUAGAGAAUUAUAUAUUGAACUUGUUGUAGCAAGGUUUCUCUUGAUGUUUCUCUGAUAAACAAAUUAUUUGAAAUUUGAAAAGAAACAAUCCUGGAAAAAAUUUUAAAAUUUCACAUGGGCGAUUUUGAGAUAAGAAUCCACAAAGAUAUAGUCCAUGGUUACAGCUUCUUUUCAGGAUUCAAUCUCCUAUUUAUGUCUUUUAAAAAGAUUUUUAUAUGUUUUUAACUUUGCUUGUGAUUCUUACUUAAAAUACUCUUAAUGUACAAAUUUUUAUAACUCAAAUAGUCAGGCUUCCAAAGUUUAAUCUUCAUAUGGUAAAGGUCAAC